UCAAAUAAUAAUGUACAUAUACCUACAAACAAAGAAAUUGAAGACACAAUAAAUUAUGGUGAAGUUAAGAAUACUACUCACAAUACAAGUUUCUGGUUGAAAGUUCUGACAGAUGUUAGAACAAAAAUGAGAUACAAUUAUGACAUCAACAAAUCACCAUAUGCACCAACAUCAAUAAAAAAUUGCUUUGCUGCUAUACAUAGGUAUUUACAGGAAAAUUCAAAAAUUUCUCCUGCUCUAGAUCUUUAUGAUGAAUGUAUGUUUCCAAGACUUCACAAACAUUUAGAUGGCAAAAUUAAAAAAAUACAAGAUUUAAGCAUAAUCAAACAGAAAAAAUCUGACUCACUCAAAUAUGAUGAAAGUUACCAAAUUUUAACACAUUCUGAGUUAAACAAAGACACACCAUUAUCCGCCACUUACAAAACCUAUUUCUGGUUAUGUUUCUUGUGUGGUUUUUGUAGUGGAGAUGCUCAAAGAUUAAAAUUGACAAAUGUGGAAUUAGCAGCUAUCAAUGGACUGACAAUUACAAUUCCUCAUGAAAAAAACAAUGCUGGCUAUAGUUUGCUGAAAAUUUCUAUAAAAAACUGUAAUAAUGUUCAAAUAAAUCUUCAAAUUGCACCAAAAGAUUAA